UUAUAUUGUGAGCAAAGCAGGAAUUUUGGUAACUGAAGAAAUUGAAAUAAAAAUCGGCGAAAUAGAUCAAUUUGCUUUUCCGGAGCAUGCGGAAAGGCCAAGAGUUCGGAAAGGAAUUAUAAUAAUGGAAUCAGAUUCCAGCUCCAAAUCAUUGUAAUGAACUUGCUGAAGAAGUUUCAUGGACAACACUUUCAACAACUCAACCGAUGUCUAGCGUCUCGAUAUCUACUGCCGAAAACGAAUUAGAAUUUUUAAAUGAUUUAACAUUUAAUACUCGACCUAUUGCGACCUCAUCUCCAAAAAAUGGCGACGACGAAGAUUUGUCUGCAACACAGUUAAUCAACAAUACUAAUUUUACGGAAAGCUUACUUGAAGCAGAAACUAAUAAAGAUUCGGGUCCUGAAACUGCAGCAGCAGCAUCAUCAACACCUAUACAUAACUUAAAAAAAGAUAAAGUUCUAAAUAAUGAUCUUUGGAUGAUGCAGUGCAAAGCAGCAAAUUUUGAUAUUAAGACGGUAAUAGAAUUGGGAGUCGAUAGUGGUGUCUUCAUAAAAAAGGCUGCUCUAAAACGGUCAAUUUCAAGAGCUAACAAUGAAAAUACUUUAGCCCGACAAAUACUUUUGGAAUUAUUUUCAAUAGAUGCCUUAAAUAACUCUUCAAUUGAUGGUAAGGCCAUCGAUGAAGGUGAAAAAAAGACCGCAAUUACCAGAGAUUGCAAUAACUGUUUUGUUGAGUAA